AGGUGUAAGUGAUUAGGCGAAAAAUAAUUUAACCUGUACAUAAAACUUGGGAGACUUUUAAAAAAAGAAACACACAAGCGAAAAACCACAACCCCCAAAAUGAGAUCUGCCUUGUUUUGGGCCAAAGCUCUGUUGCUACUACAACUUGGGUUUCUUCAAACGAUAGCACAGUCUACCCGCGGCAUACAAGAGUCUCGGUUUCUUCGGCCGCCCACAAAACCCUAUUUAAAUCGUCAGGCUGGUCUUCUCAAAGGUGGGGAGACCUUUUACCCCAUUGUAUGGACUCCUCCACCUAACAGUCAUAACUUUACCGUUCGUUUAUAUUUGAAUGAAACCAACGUACUAUUGCGUACGAUCCAUAACAAAUAUUUCCCACUCCACAACUUUACCAACCUCGUAGUGGGAGAACAUUACAGAACUACUGUCAGUACAAUUGGAAGAGACCAAUCUGGACACUUGUAUGAAAGCGCGGAAAGUCCGAGCUAUAUUUUCUACAUGAAGGAGGCAUGUGGGAACGGAAGUGUUUGGAAUCGAUGCAUUGCUCACUGUACUGCAACAUGCGAGAACCCAACUCCUGUUUGCGACAGAAGUUGCACACCUGGUUGCGUCUGCCUCCCUCCUGCUGGUAUACUGAAUCAUGGGAUAUGCAUUCCACAAGUCAUAUGCCCAACACCGUUAGCCAUAUUUCGUCCAAAGAACAUCAAUGUAAGUCCUGCGCCAGAUAACACCGACUCCGUAUGGAUUAAUUGGGAUCCAGUACCGAAUGCAUCCAGCUACCUUGUUUUGGUGAAACUGAACUCCAACCGCAGCAUAGAGGUUACGCGAACUAGUGUCCCAACACCGUUUGCAGUCAUAGAUAACUUGGUACCUGGUACAGAAUACCUCUUCAAAGUAGAAGCCACUGUUAACAUAAUUCAAGAUGGACCGAUAGGCCGAAGCUCAAUGCUACCUCCUCGAAAUAUAACAAUAUUCCAAUUAGGUGAAACUUCGCUUACUGUGUCAUGGAGUCAUGUUCCAGGCGCCAAGAGAUACGGUCUCAAAAUAUACGCAGAAAGCACUCGGGGUGCCUUGUUGUACUCCAACGAAAGAGUCCCAGUUACCACGGCGGAUAUAACUGGUCUAUUACCGGGAAUGGUGUAUUAUGUAACGAUACAAGCCUCGAGAAAUGCAGACGAAGCACUAGGGCCACCCAAUGGUGUAGGUGCUUUGACACGGGGCGUACGUAAUCCAAACGAACUCGUAGAUGGCCCCACCGCUGUAUUCUCCUUGCUGACAUUAUGUCAACAGCGACGACAGAGCGUCACUUUGUAUAACCAAGGUGUGGAACCAUCUCUUCGACGAGCUGUACCCAACUGCCAAACAGACGGGACGUUUCAGCCACGAUAUUGUGGAGCUAACCGCACGCUUUGCUAUUGCGUCGAGCCUGAAACAGGAAUGAGGCGACCUGGAACUGAACAUGGAAGUGCGGUUCGGAAUAAUUUUCCUCUGAAUUGUCAACAAUUUGGAACAUAUAAUGACACUCCCAGAAAUUUAACGGUUACUGCUGUAACAAGUACUCGCGCAACUCUAACUUGGAUACGAGCAGUGCGUGCAUUCGGGUACAUACUUAUCAUCAGUGCUGCAAACCAAAUGGACAUGGUGCAUCAUAUGCAAAUCGCAUCCAUUUCACUUACCAACCUCAACCCGGGAACCGAAUACCAAGUUUCAGUAAGAUCGGUGGGUGAUGGUGGAGUCACCAGUGCAGCAGCUACUACUACUUUCCAUUCGCUAUAUGUAGACCCUCCAAAGAAUUUGUAUAUAACUAAGUCCGGCGCGAGCAGUUUGACUGCAAGUUGGGACGUUGGUGCUUCAGCAAUUUCUUUUAAUGUUGAAUUGGUAAGCCAAAGUGGAUCGGUCAUCAGAAUGUUAAACGAGAUCGUCCAAAAUACAGUGAGUUUCAACAGCUUGAGUACUGGGCAGAUGUACUCUGUUCGUGUCAGGGCUGUGUCAAGAAUAAUACAAAACGGUGUUGAGGCAACGCAUACAUCUGAGGCCGUCCAAAUGUCUACAAUCCUCUUGUGCUCCUUGCAACCAAUUGAUGUUAUUUUCAUCUACGAAGUUUCAAAUCACCUUACUGCGGAGGAACUGAAGAUGGUACAACAAGUGUUCUCAGACAUUCUGAUUGGUCUUCCUCCAGUUAGUAUACCUGAUGGUACAAGAGUAGCAGCCGUGAAAUAUCUUCCAUGGGUUCGAACCAUCUUUUCAUAUAACAGAUUCAAUAGUACGGCUGGAGCAGUAAACGCAAUUAAAUACACAAAGUGGUUUGGUGCUUUACCGAACACAGCGCACAUGCUCCGAUACGUCCAUGCAAAAUAUUUUAGCAGUACAGCCGGAUCAGAAUUUGCCAAACGACCAAACGCCCUGUCAACAGUUAUCGUAUUUAGUGGGGGACGUUCCAGUACAAGUAUUACAACUAGUGCAAGGAAUUUACGCCAGGCAACGAACGUAAUAUCGGUUGGUGUAAAUGGUCGUUCAGAUGACAGAGAACUCACCCUAAUGGCAUCGAGACCGUCGCUGAAAAUGGUUGCACCAAGUUACGACACCCUGUCUUCGUUGAAAGAACGUAUCCUUGAAGCGAUCUGUGGCCUACUGGCGCCCUAAUAGAUUCUAACUGGUUGAGCGUUUAAGUCAACGCCUACCGUGUUUUAGCAACACAUGAUAAUAAUUUUCAUAUACGAAAAGUGUUUAGCAAUGCCGCUUUCAGUAUUUUUUGUAAUAUACAAUAAUGUGCGUUAUAUGAGUGGUUUCUGGAAAGGCGGUAGAAUGUGUUUGUAAUAGGAAUUUCAAUAAAAUAUUCAAAUGUU